AACAUGUGAUUCUGCUCCGGCCUCGAGCGCCAUGGUUUCACGGAACCACGGAAUUAGUAUAGUUGCUGCUGUUAACUUUGUAGCAAAUAUCCCCUGUGAAUCUCACUUUCCUCCCUUCCACCACAUUUUCUAUAUCCAAGAUUCUUCAACAUGUCUAACAGACCAUUCGCACAGCUCCAAGCUGCCGCUAUUGAUGGCAGAACUAGAACUGUCUUCUAUCGCCAAAGUCAACUAGAGAAGCUUCACAAGAACCUUGUGUCGAAUGCAUCCGAAAUCGUGGACGCGAUUGUUGCAGAUGCUGGUCUUAGCCGAACAGAAGCACAGAUCGAAUUCUCGCUUGCUCUUACGGCAGUGAGAGAGCGCUUUGCGGAGCUUGAGCCAAAGAAGGAGCUUGAGAGCGAAUAUGCUGUUGCACGUGGUGAGGAUGCGGGUAGCCUACGUCUUGGAUACGGCAUUGUAUACAUCAAGGCUUCAGCCGACCACACUCCUUUCUAUUCGGCAAUCGCACCCUUGAGCGCAGCUGUUGCUGCAGGAAACUGCGUGGUUCUCCAGAUCGAGAACAGCCUUCGCAGUCUUCCAACCAUUCUGCGCAACACUCUCAAGUCUGCACUUGACAACGACACAUUCGACAUUGCACAGCAACCUGUACAAGACGCAUCCUUCCUGGGUGGCUGUCUGCAAGUAGUACAAGAUGGAUCCAUCGAUGGGCCCGCUGCACAGAACCAGCUCGUCUCAAAAGCAAGCUCAAUCACAGCAGCGAUUGUUGACAGGACGGCGAACUUUGAUGAGACAGCAAAGGCUCUUGUAAAUGCUCGCUUCUCAUACAACGGCAAGUCACCAUAUGCUCCCGACGUCAUCUUUGUCAACGAAUUCUCCAAGAAGGACUUCUUGCAAGCACUCCUCAGACACUCUGUGUCAUUCGACGAAGUAGUGGAGAGGGAGAAGUCGCCGACCAGAAGAAGUGGUCGUGAAAACGACAUCAGAGACCUGAUCUCUAGCCUACAAAAAGACGGAAGCGGUCGUGUCAUCGCACAAGAAUCCAACCGAGCAAUCCUGGAAGUUACCAAGAGGAGUACGAACCUACUCAAGAACAAGAUCAGCGAGCCGGCUCUGCUUGUACACUCUGUCAAGAGUCUUGACGAUGCCAUCGACUUCAUCAACAAUAACGGCAACGAACUGCUGGCUGCAUACCACUUUGGCGAGAAUGCCCAGUGCAAAUACCUCAGCCAGUUUGUCGCAUCGCAAGUCUCAUACGUCAACCACAUCCCAGCAGAACUUCUUGUCGGUCCUGCGUUCCCAGUCGGUCACCCCAUCACCUCGACGCGUUACCCAACCGCACUCUUCACCCGCCCGACACCCGCCUUCGUCACCAACACCACACAGUCAAAGACCGUAGAGUCAGCCCUGAACGGCGCGUCAAAAUCGGAGAAGUCGACCGCAGUACAAACGCUGUACCGUCAAGCAGUCUCAGACCUACCUUCCGCACACAAGCGACCAAAGCAAACACGCGCAGGUUUCGGCUUCUUCGAGCAAUCCAUGCUGCUGAACCUCGGCUUCGUCUUGCUGUCCACCGGUGCCACAAUCGCCGCGACUGUUAUCCUUGGAAAGCGUGCAAGAGCUUACUAUUCUCAUUAGAAUAAUUCUUGGUUGUUUUCGUUGUUGGGAAGGUCCGAUGGUGUCAAAUGGCGUGUGUCCCAAUACGCAAUUCCCAAGUCUUUUGCAAGCGAGAUGUUUGUCUGGUUUCUUUCUACCAUCAAUGUGCUUUUGACCAGCCACCUGUUUUUCUUAUCAAUAAAAACAAUUCAUCGCCUCAUAUAGCAUCACAACACAAGAUCAAUAUGCCGCUCAUCGAGAAAUCAUACCCCGCCAUCAUGAGCGCAAUCAAGGGCUCAUCACUCCCAAAAACCUCCUUCCUGGUCUUUUACUCAUCAAUCGUCGACGGCAAGAUGUGGUGUCCUGAUUGCGUCGAUGUCGAACCUUCAGUC